UGGAAGUUUUUGGGCAUAGCUGCUCCUUCUUCCUCUCGCUUACCUAUCUCUCACUCUCUUUCUAAUCCAUUCCCUUGAGAGACUUCCUCUGGGGAAUGGUUAUGUUCUUCAUUCCCCCUAACUGAUUCAAACUAAGGCUAGGUUGUCUUCUGUUUGAUUGUGAAUUUUAAUUUCAGAAACAGAUUGAAAGAGAAAGAGUCGAUCAACCCAUUUUUAAGAUCAGAGAAAUGAAAUAAGGGUUUUUUUCUUAAUUAUGAUUCCAAUUGCAGAAACAAGGGGAAUGAUAAAAGAUCUGAGGGAGAUUUCUUUCAGAAAUUUCCUCUUUAAUUUUGAUUUCAGGAAUAAAAUGGGACAGUUAUUGUUCUUCAUUCUUUUGGUGAUCAACUUGGCUGCAGCACAGAGGUCUCCUUCACAGAAGACACAACCAGCUGCACCUUCACAAAACUGGCAGACACUUAAUGGUGAUAGUCCAGUGGUAAUAGCAAGAGGUGGAUUUACAGGGAUUUUUCCUGACUCUAGCUCUUAUGCCUACCAGUUUGCAGUGUCAACAAGCUUGCCUGAAGUGAUUUUGUAUUGUGAUUUACAAUUAACAAAAGAUGGCCAAGGACUAUGUCAAUCAGAGAUACAGCUUGACAAUUCCACAACUAUAGCAUCUACGUAUCCCCAAGGAGGAAAAACUUACAAUGUGAAUGGGAAAGAUCUUCAUGGGUGGUUUGCCUUGGACUUCACAUCCGAUCUGUUAUUUAACAAUGUAACAUUGACUCAAAGCUUCGCCUCUCGACCAAGUCUAUUCGAUGGUAUCCUUCCAAUAAGUGCAGUUGAAGAUGUAAUAGGGCUUAAACCCCCUCAAUUUUGGUUGAAUGUGCAGUAUGACAUGUUCUAUACCCAACACAAGCUGAGUGUGGCAUCAUACAUUCAAAAGGCAACAAGGAGAAGGGGUAUCGAUUACAUAUCAUCCCCUGAAAUUGGCUUCUUGAAAAGCAUGAGCAAGUUUAAUGCAGGCAAGACAAAGUUAAUCUUCAGCUUCCUAGAUAAAGAUCUAGUUGAACCCACAACAAAGCAAAAGUAUGGUUCAAUCUUGGCGGAUCUGUCUUCAAUCAAGCCCUUGGUGUCUGGUAUACUUGUCCCCAAGGACUACAUUUGGCCUGUUGAUGCUAACCACUAUUUAGAGGGACCGACUAGCCUCGUAACUGAUGCUCAUAAACUAGGACUAGAAGUUUAUGCUUCUGGUUUUGCAAAUGAUCUUCCUGCAAGCUUUAACUACACUUAUGAUCCUAUAGCUGAGUACUUGCAAUUCAUUGACAACAAUCAGUUCACUGUUGAUGGGUUUCUUACUGACUUCCCCUCCACUGCAUCCGAAUCCAUCGAUUGCUUCGCUCAUACCAAGAAAAACAAAAGAAACAGCAAAGCUUUGAUCAUAAGUAAAAAUGGAGCAAGUGGAGUCUUCCCAGGCAGUACUGAUCUUGCUUAUCAGCAAGCAAUUGAUGAUGGAGCAGACAUAAUAGAUUGUUCAGUUCAGAUGUCAAAAGAUGGAGUGGCAUUCUGCUUUAAUUCAGCAGACCUCACAGGAGAAUCAAAUGUGAUGACUACUUUCUUGCCUCGAGCUUCCACAAUUCCUGAAAUUCAAUCUCAGAAAGGAAUAUUCACAUUUGAUCUCACAUGGAGUGAGAUUCAGACUCUGCAACCUCAAUUUAUUAGCCCCUCAGCUAAUAAUGGCUUGGUCCGAAAUCCAGCAAACACGGGGAAGGGUAAGUACCUUAUGCUCAACGAAUUCCUUGAGAUGGCAAAGGCGAAGGCAGUUACCGGAAUCUUGGUUAGCAUUGAGAAUGCUGCCUACCUUGCAUCAAAGAAGGGUCUUAGCAUAACAGAUGCUGUUGCAAAGGCCUUGAGCAAUGCCACUUUUGACAAGCAGGUCACUCAACAAGUUCUAAUUCAAUCAGAUGACAGUGCAGUGCUUCAAGAGUUCAAAAAAGUCCCAACUUACAAGAGAGUCCUCUACAUAAAAGAGAUAACAAGUAGUGCACCUAAGCCAAUUGUAGAGCAGAUCAAGAAGUUUGCAGAUGCAGUUAACCUUCAAAGGCCUUCAAUGGUCCAAACUACAGACUUCGUUACGACAGGUUUCACACACAUUGUCGAUGAUAUGCAUGCUGGUAAUAUCUCCGUCUAUGUUUCGAGUCUCAGAAACGAGUAUACAGCAAUAGCCAUUGACUUCUUCUCAGAUCCAAUGGUGGAGAUAGCAACCUAUAUUUCUGCAAUCGGAGUUGAUGGAAUAAUAACAGAAUACCCCGCAACUGCAACUGCAUUCAUGAGAAGCCCAUGUUCCAAUCCUGACGCCAAUCUCCCUUACACUAUCCUACCAGCCGAAGCCGGUACUUUGAUUGGGUUGGCUCCACCAGAGGUCUUGCCACCUGCAGAAGCCCCUGCUCCGCCACUUGAUGUGGCGGAUGUCAUCGAUCCACCGCUACCUCCAGUGGUGGCAGUAGUUGUCACUGCAAAGGCUCCUGCCACUGCACCUGCUGGGGCAACAACUAAAAGCAGUCAACCAGCAAAUGCUGCCAAUCCGGGUCUGGGUUUAGUGGCAAUUGUGGUUCUUAUGAGUCUCCUGUGUUUAGGCUAUUGACAUUGAUUUAUAUGUGGCUGUAAGGUUGCAAUAACUUUGUGUUUCUACAUUUUAAUUGAUUAGGCCUUGCA